UCAAAAAAGCUACAUAUAUGGCGGCAUCCUAAACGAAACGCACAAGCACAGAGUUAUUUAAAUAGUUCACACGAGGCGCAGUCGGCAACUAUGGUUGAUAUCGAGGUCAUCGGUGCGGGCUUCGGCCGCACUGGAACGGCGAGUCUGUAUGUGGCACUGAACAAGCUGGGCUACAAGACGCAUCACAUGAAGGAGGUCUUCUGCAACAUCAAUAAAGGCAGCGCCUGGCUGAAGCUCGCUCGCGACCGCAAUGCCGGCCUUCCCAUCGACUGGGAGUCCGUGUUGGGCGGCUACACCGCAGCUGUGGACUGGCCUUCCGUGGCCGUUUACCGCGAGCUUCUUGCAGCCAACCCAAAUGCCAAGGUCAUCCUGACUCUGCGCGACUUUGACAGCUGGUAUGAGAGCGCGCUGACCACCAUCUAUCGCAUGGGCCAAGUGGGCGACAGCAUCCGGCCGCCCUGCUACCUCGCGCCGAUUUUCCGCGGUAUCACCGACUUUUUCCGCAUGCACCACGAGCUCUUCUGGCAAGGCACCUUCCAGGGGCGCUUCACGGACAAGGAGUUCGUACGACAGGUGUACGAGUCGCACCUGGAGGAGGUGCGGCGUGUCGUACCGCCGGCGCAGCUGCUGGAGUUCCACGUGAAGGAGGGCUGGGGGCCGCUGUGCGACUUCCUGGGCAAACCCGUGCCGCAGGGGGAGCCCUUCCCGCGCAUUAACGACAACGAGGAGUUCGUGCGCAACAUUGUCAAGGUUCAGAAGAUCGCUCGGCGGUUGUCGAUUGGCUUUGUGGUGUGCAACACGUUGCUGACGGCGGGCGCGGCAGCGGCGUUGGUGAUGACGGUGAUGCGCCGGCGCUGCUGCUGAGGAGGGAGGUGGUGUCGUGGUUGGGAAGGGGGGAAAUAUAGAUAAAUGCUCCAACGGAGUGGCUGGGAAGGGGGGGUGGGAGAACUGCGGGAAGGGGUUAUAAGAGGGGAGGAGGUGGUGGAGAGGCAGCUGGGAGAGGCGUGAAGGGGUCGGGAGUGAUUGCAUGGUGCGUGUGUGUGAGCUAUUGCAAGCCGAGUGCAUAAGGGGUGAUGACAAGGUUGGUAUGCACGUCAUUCUUGGGGGGGAUGUCUAUGCUGGGGGAUAUGUGCAUGCAAAACCUUUCGAUGCAGUCAACUUGAUCGUAUGUGUAUUGGAAAUCGUGAGCUUUUCGGCGUUUCAAAAUUGGCUGUUUCGGGUUGGUUCUACAGAACCCUGUUCACAGCUCUGUGCUGCAGACGGGUAGUCUACCGAUACGAUACUACCGAUAAGCGAUUUGAGGAUGAAUAAUACAGGUAGUGGAGGAAAGGUGUGGGCGGGAUGUAGCGUGCUGGCUGCGAUACGGUGGCGCUGUGGAAGACAU